GGGCCGGGACCCAGCUGCCCUCCCUCCAGCAUCCUAGCCUGGGCCCAGCAGACUCUCCAGGCUAACCCCGUCCUUUGUUGCUUUUUGAUUCCCUCUUAGAAGAGGCUCUGCUUGAGCACAGAAGAGUAGUUUGGAGGAAGUAUGAUGCGGGGGCUGUGCCUGCUGUGCUGGGCGGUUCUUCUGGGCCUGGCAGGGGCCUGUCCCGAGGCCUGUGACUGCGGGGAGAAGUACGGCUUCCAGAUCGCCGACUGCGCCUACCGGGACCUGGAGGCCGUGCCGCCCGGAUUCCCCGGCAACGUGACCACGCUGAGCCUGUCAGCCAACCGCCUGCCAGGCUUGCCAGGGGGUGCCUUCGCCGAGGUGCCCCUGCUGCAGUCGCUGUGGCUGGCACACAACGAGAUCCGCACGGUGGCUGCCGGGGCCCUAGCCGUCCUGGGCCAGCUCAAGAGCCUGGACCUCAGCCACAACCUCAUCUCUGACUUUGCCUGGCGCGACCUGCACAAUCUCAGCGCCUUGCAGUUGCUCAAGAUGGACAGCAACGAGCUGACCUUCAUCCCCCCUGACGCCUUCCUCAGCCUCGGGGCGCUGCGCUCGCUGCAGCUCAACCAUAACCGCUUGCACACGCUGGCUGAAGGCACCUUCACGCCACUCACGGCGCUGUCCCACCUGCAGAUCAAUGAUAACCCCUUUGACUGCACCUGUGGCAUCGUGUGGCUCAAGACGUGGGCCCUGGCCACGGCCGUGUCCAUCCCGGAGCAGGACAACAUCGCCUGCACCUCACCCCACGUGCUCAAGGGCACGCCGCUGAGCCGCCUGCCGCCGCUGCCUUGCUCAGCGCCCUCGGUGCAGCUCACUUACCAGCCCAGCCAGGACGGGGCCGAGCUGCGGCCAGGCUUUGUGCUGGCACUGCACUGUGAUGCAGAUGGGCAGCCGGCCCCCCAGCUUCACUGGCACAUCCAGACGCCCGGCGGCACUGUGGAGAUCGCCAGCCCCAAUGUGGGCGCUGAUGGGCGGGCCCCGCCUGACACCCCAGCAGCCAGCCGCCGGCCCCGCUUCCAGGCCUUUGCCAAUGGCAGCCUGCUCAUCCCCGACUUUGGCAAGCUGGAGGAGGGCACCUACAGCUGCCUGGCCACCAACGAGCUGGGCAGUGCCGAGAGCUCGGUCAACGUGGCACUGGCCACGCCGGGUGAGGGCGGGGAGGAUGCACUGGGCCGCAGGUUCCAUGGCAAAGCCACCGAGGGCAAGGUCUGCUAUACGGUUGACAACGAGGUACAGCCAUCAGGGCCCGAGGACAGCGUUGUCAUCAUCUACCUCAGCCGUGGGGGGAGCCCAGAGGCAGCAGUGCUGGCUGGGGGGGCCCCUGGGCAGAGGCCCCCAGAUCUGCUCCUGCUGAGCCAGAGCCUGCUCCUCCUCCUCCUCCUCGCCUGCUUCUAGCCCGACCCCUGACCCGCAUUCCCCAAUUCCCCCUCUGACCUUGACAAUACCCCCUUUUAAGUGCCUCAGGGGUCUGGAGUUGGCAACCCUUUGCACCUCCCCUUCUGCUCUCUUCCGGAACACCCGCCACCCCCAACUUCUAGACCUGCUCAAAGCUAGUGCCUAGGACAGAAUUUGAUCCCAUAACUCACUGUCUAUGGUGCUAAUUGCUGCUAACCACACCGCCCAGGCCUCUCCUUUCCUUUUGGGGGGCAGCAGGCUAACGGCGAUACCUUAACCCAGCUGGAGUGAACCUCAAGGGUGCAGUCCAGGCACCGUGACUGAUGAGCUGGCGAGGGGCCAGAGAGGCACAGGGGUGUUUGGGGCUGGGCAGGGAGGUAGCCGGAAGCAGACAGGAACACAGGAGAGGAAGAGGCUGGGGCAGCCCCGGCUGUGUGGCCCUGGGCUCUCAGGGACCUGCUUGAGCUCCUGCUGCUCCUUGGUGUGCCCUGAUGACGGGGACUUGGGAAUCUCCCUGCCCUUGUCUCAGACUGCACUGGAGGACCCAGGAAGGGCCUGUGUCACCUCUCACCUCCCUCCUUCCUCAGUUUCUCUCCAAGUAUGCACCUACAGCCUGCUCACCCCAAAGAGGCCAGCCAGCUUGGGGGCCGCCGAGAAAUAAACGGCAUUUCUGAUGCUUG